AUGGACAUCAAUUCUCUACUGUCUCCGUCAGAAACGCCGCGUUCAACUUCCUUGACUCCAAGUGUUGAAUCGGUGAAAUCACCAUUCAAGCAUGUUCAACGGACACAUACUGGCAGCAGCAGUCAACCUGCUGCAAGUUCACCUCUUUCACGGGCCAUCCUUCCACCCUCCAGCAUCCCCGCCCAUGUGAGAAGUCCUUCGCAACAGCCAUCCCACUCGUCACCGCUCAUCAGUCCCGUUCCGACCGCCACGCUCUCCGGCCACUUCUCGCGCUCCUCCUCUUCUCAGAAUAUCGAGACUCUGGCCGAUUUGGUCUCCCACUCGCACCCGUCCAAAAGUACCCCUCCAAUUUCGUCGAGUCACGAUUCUACGGACUCGCAGAAAUCAUCGGCGAGCAUAUUUCCCCGCCUGACUUCCGCGGGUACGGCCUCAAACCAUCGUGCAUCAUUCGAUAUCGCCAUGGUCGAGACACCUCAGCAAGCCAUGCGGGUGGACUAUUCUGAAACCUCUCUGCCCAUAGAAUCACAGCAAAGACUGGCAGAACUGGUAGCUUACGUUCAAGAGACGCCUUCCAUGUAUGACGCUCAUAAAGAAAUCAUCAAGAUUCUACACCAAGGUUUUGUCGAUCAUAUAUAUCCCUCUUCUAGUCCCAACGCUCGCCGGGAUCCUCGAACGUAUGAAUUGCUCUCUGAAUUGCGGCAAGCUCGCGAAAACUUCGACAAGUUGUUCGCAGUUGGCGAAGAGCAAUGGUUAGAUUGGCUCCAGGACGAAAGCAUCCUUGCUCAAACCGCCGAAGAGCGAGUGAACGUUGUGGACAAAUGCCGCCGCGCUGUCGAAGAAGAGUACGGCAGCGCCCCUCUAUGGAUUACCUACGGUGAUUGGGUAUUGCAUUGCUACAGAUGGGCACUUGAUUCUCCUACCGAUGCCGAGGGAGAAGACGGAGAGGCCGAGAGACUUGUGGGUCGUGAAGUCUUUGACUGGAAGCUUGUCCUCGAUAUUUGGGACAAGGCGAUCCAUUCUACAAAACACGACAUGGCUCACAGUCACGAGGUCUGGGAUAAAUACAUGACAGUCAGAUUUGGGGAUGUUGGUCAAAAGCUGUCACCGGCCGAUGCUGCAGCCGCGCUUGAGUUGUUCCAGGCACGACUUCGCGUCCCUCACGCGAUGUGGGAGCAAACGUUCCAGUCAUUCUCGUCGUUCAUCUCCGCCAACCUCCCUGCAGAGUACGAGAGUGUCAUGUCCACGACUCUAAAGGAGUCCUCUAUGGCCAAAGAGCUCUUUGCGGAACGAGACACUUACGAAAGCGCGCUUCGGCAAGCUCAGGCCAAUGCUGAUCAGGCGCUAGAGUACUCGACUUUUGACCAGUACAUUGUUUUUGAGCGCGCCGAGCAAGAGAAGGUCGCGAAGAAACGCAAUACAAAGGGGAGACGAAAUGUCAAGAUUGUCGAAAAUACAGAGUUUGACAUGGUUUCUGCUCUCUAUUCCAGAGCCGUGCUUCGUUUCCCAGCCGUUGUUGCUAUUUGGGAAGCACAUUUCGACUACCUAGUUGAGAGAUCAAAGUCUGAUCUACUCCCGCUGCUUGCACGGGCCACGAAACAUUGCCCAUGGUCCGGAGCACUUUGGAAGCAAUAUUUGUUGACGUCGGAGAAUGCAGAGGUGGACUUUGACGAGACUGAAAAGAUCAAACACAAAGCCACGAGCACUGGACUCCUAGACGCCGCAGGAAUUGAACAAGCCCUAAUCAUCUAUGAUGCUUGGUGUGGUUAUCUUCUCAGGCGCACGAAGCGGAUGGAAGCGACUGAAGAGGAUGCGGACGUAGCUGAAAUGGGUAUCAGAUCGUCUAUCGAGGCAGUGCAAAGCCUUGCAUCCAAACAGGGUGCCAGUCCCGAUUUUGACUCCUCGUUCAGGUUGCAAAGGAAGCAUGUCGAGUUUCUCAAGUCGCAAGGCCGUUUUGACAAUGCUCGCGCGCUGUUUGAUGAGACCGUUGCAGAAUUCGGGAAGUGCUACAAGUUCUGGCUAACUUUCUACGAGUUUGAGUUGCAGAAAAGCGUGCAGAUGGCUUUCAUACAGCAUAAGGGUGAGGAGCGUCUUUCGACCCUUUGGUCGGCUCCAUUCGCCGUCGGAGUUCUGAAGCAGGGACUUCAGCACCCAGGGUUGGACGAACCACAGCACCUGAUAGAUGCACUAUUGAACCACUGCGAGGAUUAUGAAGAUGCGGACGAGUUGCAGCACGCACUGGGUCUCGCACGAAAAGUCCAGAAAGAGGUUCUCGAGAGAAAACGCUUAGAGUCUCUACAAGCAGAAAGCAUUGCAAUAUCAUCUCGAAAGGCCGAAAUGCAAGUAGCCAGCCGUACCGAGGACGUUGCCAAUGGUCUCCACAUUGGCAAACGGAAACGUGAAGACGAUAUCCAGGAUACUGAUAACAAGAAGCGAAAUACGACCGCGGAUGAGGUGCAGCAGUCUGUGGAAGACACUCUCGGACAAGAAGACCUCAAACGUGACCGCGAGCAUGCCAGUAUUCUGGUACGUAAUUUGCCAGACAAUGUUCACGAAACCAAGAUACGACAGUUCUUCGACAGCUGCGGUGUCGUCAAGCAUGUGAAAUACUUGGAAGACGAGAACAGCGCCGUUGUCGAAUUUGAGGAUGCAGACGCAGCUACAUUCGCUCUUUCCAGAGACGGCCGAGAAUUUGAGGGAGCCGAACUCUCGGUGGUGUUGAACACCGGAUCAACCCUAUACAUCACCAAUUAUCCCGCUACAGCCGAUGAGGCUUUCAUCCGGAACCUGUUGCGCCCGUACGGCGAGAUCAUCAGUGUGCGCUUUCCAUCCUUGCAAAAGAACAAGCGACGUAGGUUUUGUUAUGCUGAGUUCAAGCUGCCAAGUGAGGCACGAGCCGCAACCGAAUUGGAUGGUAAGGAAAUCGACGGCCUGCGGAUUGUAGUCAAGGUUUCAAACCCGGCAGCUCGACAUGCAAGGAUUGAGACGAACGACGAUGGUCGCAAGAUCUUCGUCGGACAGUUGCCAUUCAAAGCGAAAGCGGAUGACAUCAACAAAUUGUUCUCCCCGUUCGGAAAGUUGGAGAACAUCCGAGUCCCUCAAGAUCCAAAUGCACGGAACCGAAUUCGCGGUGUAGCAUUUCUCACUUUUGCGACUGCAGACCAAGCGCGAGCCGCACUUGCCAUGCAUGAUCAGGAGUUUAUGGGAAGGAGAAUCACCGUUUCGCAGAUGGAAGAAAAGGGUCGUUCUUCCAAACAGGGUUCACGCAUUUCAAAGUCGCCAUCUGCUCAGGCCGGCGGUGCAGACCGAGCCAAUGCCUCUGCUAAAAGGGACAUUUCUUCUAUCGAGGACCGAAAACAGCGGACGGUGGCUAUAACAGACGUCCCUGACACUGUCAACGAAAGUCGAAUAAAAGCCAUGGCUGAGAAAUGUGGUCCAGUGCGCAAGGUCGUUCUCAAGACGAACCACCAGGGUGCUCUGAUCGAAUUUGAGGAGAUAGCGGAUGCGGGCCGCGCAAUGAUUGAGCUAGACGGGCGUGAGAUUGAUCCCGGCCGACGAAUCCGGGUCACAACCGAGAGUGACAUGCUCCGACAGAGAGCUGAGCACAAGGAGGAGCAGUUUGCAAAGCGCUCCGUCACCAAUCGACCUACAAACACUCCAGCACAAGGCCCUGUCCGGCGCCCAGCACAGCCUGGCGGUCGAAAAGGUGGGCAUUUAGGCCAGAGGUCUGCCUUCUUGACCCAAACCGACCCGAAAAAUGAGCCAGCGACAGCCACAUCGGCGCCGAAUGGAAAGAGAACGAACGACGACUUUCGGAAUAUGCUGAAAGGAGAAUGA